GCGGGUUUUAAGGGCACGCUCGGACUUUCGGAGGUUUUUGAAGUGGAGGUGUGUUUCAGCAAGCUGCAGUUUGGCGAAGGCUCGAACACAAGCAAGUGAACGCGAAAUAGGCUUGUGGCAAGGUCACUGCAGUGACGCCCUCCUCGUGGCGUAGCCUUCUCGUUCAUCGUCAAGUUUCGACGAGCUUCGCAGAAGUGCGCUCUGGUCGACAAUCGCGUGAAGGAGUCGCAUUGGUACCUCGCGAGUCAUGGAAGCCAUCGCCUCGUCGCUCGGCGUGUCGCGGGUACCAAUCAGCCGCCCAGCGUCGCAGGCUGCAUCGCACACAGCGACGCCGCGGUCUCCGGCGAUGACCCUCGUGGCGAGCUCCCACGGCUCCGCCUUGCGUGAAGUCGUGCAUCAAGCCCGCAACUUCCCGCGUGCCAGCCCGCCCCAAUGCGUCUGCCACUCCGCCUCUCUCGCCCAGGCCGGCCGCCAUGUGCAUCCACAUUCCGCCUCCCCCUCCUCCUCCUCCUCCUCCUCCUCCCCCUCCUCUCGCUUCUCCCUCCCCUCCUCCUCCCCCCGCCAUCUCAUUGUCUGCAGCCUCAAGGAAGGCCUUCCCUCCUCCUCAGCUUCCGCCCUCCCCACGCCCUCCAUCCCCUCGCUCCCGCCCGUCCCCCCGGGCCGGCGCACGUCAUCCCCGCUGAGGACCUCCCCGCGUUCGUGGCGUGCAGCCCGCUGCUGCAGCGCGUGGGGCUCUCCCAGGCGGACGUGCAGCGCGACGUGCGCGCGUGGGGCGCGCUGGGGCACGAGCUCGCGCAGCAGCUGGGCUUCCUGGGGAAGGGGGGGAAGGCGCAGCUGGGGGAGGCGCAGUUGCGGCGCAUCUUCCAGUACUACCUGCCCGUGUUCUCGUGGUGCUGGCGCCAGCUGCAGCUGCACCGCGCCCAGGCCGCGGGCGGGGGGGCAGCGGACGCACAGGCUGCGCCACUCGUGAUCGGCAUCAGCGCGCCCCAGGGUUGUGGCAAGACCACGGUGGUGGAGUCGCUGGAGCACCUCUUCACUGUCACACGCUGCACGGCGGCCACGGUGUCCAUCGACGAUUUCUACCUCACGGCGCAAGGCCAGGCUGCUCUGCGGGAAGCGCAUCCCGGCAACCGCCUGCUCGAGCUGCGGGGCAACGCGGGCUCACACGACCUGCCUCUGGGCGUCGCCACGCUCAGCGCGCUCAAGCACGCCACGGCGCCGGGCACCAAGGUCGCUCUUCCUCGCUAUGACAAGUCGGCCUUCUCAGGUCGGGGCGAUCGCAGCCCGCCUUCGCAGUGGCCUGCGGUGCAGGGCCCGGUUGAUGUGGUGCUCUUCGAGGGCUGGAUGCUCGGAUUCCAGCCUGUGCACCACGACGCAGCCGCAGCUGUUGACCCGCAGCUGGAGGAGGUGAACGUGCGCCUGGCGGAGUACAGCGCGUGGCACGACCUGGUGGACGCGUGGGUCAUCAUCCAGGUGGCGGACGUUGAUUGGGUCUUCGAAUGGCGCCUGCAGGCGGAGGUGGCGAUGAGGGCCACGGGCAAGCCCGGCAUGACGGACGACCAGGUGCGUGACUUCGUGACUCGCUACAUCCCCGCCUACAAGGCGUACCUGCCAGCGCUGUAUGCCGAUGGGCCUAGAGGGAGUGACCCAGCGAGCACACUGCACCUUGAUAUAGACCAAGGCCGCAACCCAGUCGCUAAAUAAUGGCGCUGUUAGCUAAUCAUUUAUCUAUAUCCUAGCUGAUUAGUUCUGUAUUAUACCGUUCAUUAUUUCUAGGAGUGAGACUAAAGCCCUUGGCUACAAUUACAAAGCUGGGGUUCACUUGAAUCUUGUAUUUUUUCUUUCAGGCGGAAAAGCAUUUCGUUCUGUUGGGCUGAGAAAAGCCCU